AUGGCAGUUCCAAAAAUCACUCUUUACGUGGAUAUUGUUAGCCCUUUCGCAUAUAUCGCAUUCCAUGUUCUGAAGAAGUCACCUACCUUUGCGAAAUGCAAUGUUACCUACGUCCCGAUAUUUCUGGGUGGCUUGAUGCAUGCCUGUAACAACACAGCACCAAUCAACAUCAAAAACAAAGCUCAGUGGACCAAUACGGAGCGGCUGAGAUGGGCCAAAUACUUUUCAGUUUCGAUCGCUGAGCAGAUGCCCGAUGGCUUCCCAAUCAAGACACUUGCGGUUCAACGAGCCCUUUGCUCUGUUGCACAGAAAGCACCCACAAAAUUGGCUUCGGUAAUCGAGGCUCUUUAUCACUCUCUCUGGGUUGAAAGAAAUUCCAAGAUUGGAGAGCCCGAAGGCUUUGCGCCAAUAUUGGAAGCCAUCCUUGGAAAACAGUCCACGCAGGAGAUUCUAUCAGACACAACUCAAGCAGAUAUCAAAGCUUUUUUGAAUGCAAACACGGAUCAGGCUUUCAAGGUUGGGGCUUUUGGUCUCCCAUGGUUUGAGUGUACCGAUACAAAUGGCAACACGGAGGGAUUCUGGGGUGUCGAUCAUUUUGGACAAGUGGCUGACUUUUUGGGGUUGGAUCGCAGUCGGGAUUCAGGUUUCAAAGCCCUUCUGUAA